GAGCUUCGGAAGUGCAAAAACCAUCAGAAAAAGCAUCAGCGCUAGCUCGGUUUCCGAUCCAGUUGGAGAUGUCUUCUGGGUCAAGGAGCGCAUCCCGCGGCGGCGCCAACCCGGAGUGGAGCAAGAAGGAGAAUAAGCUGUUCGAGGAGGCACUCGCCUACUACGGCGAGGGCACGCCCGACCGCUGGCUCAAGGUGUCCCGCGCCAUGGGCGGGACCAAGAAUGCCGACGAGGUGCGCCGCCACUAUGAGAUCCUUGAUAGCGACAUCAAGCUGAUCGACUCCGGCAGGCUCCCUUUCCCCAAGUACAACACCCAGGGCCAGGGGGCUUGGAACUGAUUCAUCAAUCAAGGAGAAAAGCUUCUGAAUUCUGAAGAUCCUGCAAACACGAUAAUCUGUUCAUAAUCAAGUCCUUAGCUGGGACCAUGUUAUUGAAGCAAGCAUAAUUAUGUACCGUAAAACAAAGAUUAUGAGCACUUGGUUAGGAAUAAAAGAAGAAAACAUAUGUGUGUGUACAUAAUAUUAGGUUUGUAAGCAAAUCAAGUUCGCUUGGUUUUGCAGACGGUAGCAUUUAUUUUUCAUUGUGUACAGUAAUACUCCUCCCCAAUAAGUUUUGGGGUAAACAUCAGUGAUGUAAAUCCCCAGUACUCUCUGUACUCCUUUAUGAACUUGUGCUCGAAGAAUAUUCAUGUUUG